ACAUCUCAGAAGGACAAAGGUGCUGGUCACCCAAAGAUAUCCACAGUUGAAGUAUGGAGAAUUCACAUAAAGCAGAAGUUCAGCAGAAGCUGGUGGGUGGUGGUGGAGGCAGAGUCCCACCCAAAACUCAGUCUGCAGAGAGAGAACAGUGGUCCAGCAAAAUGCAAUUCUUCCUGGCUGUGGCUGGACACAUAGUUGGCCUUGGGAAUGUAUGGAGGUUCCCUUACCUGUGUUACAGGAAUGGCGGAGGUGUUUUCUUCAUACCGUAUGUAGUGUUCCUUUUUGCCUGUGGAAUGCCUCUCUUUCUCCUGGAGACUUCACUGGGCCAGUACACCAGCCAGGGGGGCAUUACUUGUUGGAAGAAAAUUUGUCCACUUUUUGAAGGAUUGGGCUAUGGAAGUCAGGUGGUUGUUUUAUACACUGGAAUCUAUUACAUCAUCAUUCUGGCCUGGGCAUUCCUCUAUCUGUUUUCUUCCUUCAGCUCUGAGCUGCCCUGGGCAAGCUGUAAAAACACCUGGAACACAGAAAACUGCUUUGAGUAUGACCAGACCAAUCUGACUGAGGAUACCACUGUGAAAACAACAUCAUCUGUUGUUGAAUUUUGGGAGAGGAGGAUUCUGGGAUUGUCUAGUGGAAUUGAGGAGCUGGGUUCUGUGAGAUGGGACCUGGCUCUGUGUCUUCUGCUAGCCUGGGUCAUCUGCUAUUUCUGUGUCUGGAAAGGAGUGAAGUCCACAGGCAAGGUGGUGUACUUCACAGCUACCUUCCCCUACGUGAUGCUGGUCGUGUUGCUGGUCCGGGGGCUCACACUGCCUGGGGCAGCGGAUGGCAUCAAGUUCUACCUCUACCCCGAUCCAGCACGCCUGGCUGACCCUCAGGUGUGGAUGGAUGCUGGGAGCCAGAUCUUUUACUCUUAUGGAGUUUGCACUGGUGUCUUAACAGCUCUCGGGAGCUACAACAAAUAUGAUAACAACUGUUACAAAGACUGUAUUUACUUGUGCCUGUUGAACAGUCUGACCAGUUUUGUGGCCGGUUUUGCCAUAUUCUCAGUACUAGGCUUCAUGGCCAAUGAGCAGGGGCUGGAUAUCUCUAUGGUUGCUGAGGCAGGCCCUGGAUUGGCUUUUAUAGCAUAUCCGCGCGCUGUGGCUUUAAUGCCUCUUCCCCAACUAUGGGCCAUUUUCUUCUUCAUCAUGAUUGUGUUCCUUGGGUUGGAUAGUGAGUUUGUUUACCAUGAAGCUUUGGUCACCGCUAUCAGCGACAUGUAUCCAUCCUUCUUCCAAGAGCAAUAUAAACGUAAGGUCCUCCUCCUGAUCAUCAGCAUAGCGAGCUUCCUGAUUGGCCUGGUAAUGGUCACAGAGGGUGGCCUCUAUGUUUUCCAGCUGUUUGAUUACUAUGCUUGCAGUGGCAUGACUCUACUGACUUUUGCCAUUUUGCAGUCUAUUUGCAUCGGAUGGGUUUAUGGCGCAGGACAUUUGUAUGACAACAUUGAAGACAUGAUAGGCUACCGGCCGUGGCCUGUGAUGAAAUAUUGUUGGCAAUAUGUAACUCCAAUUGUGUGCACAGCUACUUUGAUCUUCUCCAUUGUGAAGCAUACCCCGCUGCAGUUUAACAACACAUAUGAUUAUCCAUGGUGGGGGUAUGCUAUUGGUGGAUUCUUCACCCUGUCCUCUACUCUGGUGGUGCCUUUGUGGAUGAUAUAUGCCAUCUGUACCACCCCAGGAACCAUGCGUGAGAGACUACGGACGCUGUGCACCCCUGCAAAGGACCUCCCGCCCAGAGGCCAGUCCCAACAAAAGGAGCUCCAGUUAGUCACUUUUGAGACAUUCACCAUGUUACAAACCCUGCGCACGAGUAGCACCCACUCAGACUCUGUUUUCCUUAAAGGACCAUCCUAA